UCUCUCUCUAUAUAUAGGUCUUAUGUCUGGCAAUCUUAUUGCACUUCACAUCCUACCAAGCCAAACUUUGCAUCGUACUUCUCAUCACUUCACUCUUUCAUUAAGGCUUCUCCUUUUAGUUUCCUCUUUAGCUUGCAGAUGGCCACUCCUGAGGCUGCAGGAGCUCCAACUGACUUGCCGGAGAAAGAACCAACUGAAGUUAUCAAACCUGAAGGAACACCCGAACCGGUUCUUGUAGAAGAACUGGACACAGAGGAAGCUGAGGAGAGCUUGUUCGAUGAUAACUAUGAAGAGCAACCCAGAUUCUUUCCCAAGGAGACUGAAGAAGGGGCUUCAGAAGAGCUGCAUGAGGAAGAGAAGCUAUUUGGAUUGGCAGAGGAUGAGGAAGAAGAAGAAAUUGCGAGUGACGAGAACGAGGAAUCAAUUUAUCAGGAUGAGAUUUUAGACGCGAACUGGGCUGUCAAACAGACUCCAUGAGGAUUUGCUUAUCUAUGCUCUGCUUAUUUACUUUGUAUAACUGCAAGGUAUGGUUUGUGGUAAGUGUAACUUGUUAAACUUCUGUGACAUUGAUUGGAUCAAUGCAAGAAAUUUCUUUCGCGUGGGAUAUAGUUCUCGUUAAGAGGCCUAAAUAAAAUCAUAAAAUUAUCAUCAUUAAACUA